GUUAGUGUCGGUGAUUUCAGAUAACAUGUGCAAACAAACAAGCAACCAAAAGUCCCAAAAAAAUACAAAUCAUAAAAUAAAAUAAAGACAUUAUUUGUUGGUGAGGUGAGAAUUGUUAAAAUUGCGAAGUAAACACCUAUGCAAUCAGCCGUAGUCCUGAAAACAGUGUGAGCAAGAAAAGCAAUGGCCCGAUGACCGUGUGAGCACAACAACACAAAUCCCACUUCACACUCAUAUACCGUCGUCGUCCUCGCCUACGCCGCAAGAUAUAAAAACCAAGCGAAAAAAGUCGAUAAAACAAAUGACUUCUUUCCUCUUGUCCCCUCCCAACUUUCUUCCUCGGUUCGUAUCAAUUCGAAGUUAAUACUGCAGAAGAAUACGAAACGUAGCGCCGCGCGCAUUGUUCCGCAUCUACUACUUCCGGCAUAGUUAGUCCCCGAAGCACUCCAGUCAUGAUUAGUAUCGAGUAGAUAGGUUCGUCGUCCUGCGCUCUUCUUUUCCUCUCGUUUUCAACCCCCAACCACCACCUCGCUGUCAGCUCGUUUCCAGAUUUUGCUCCAGCAAAAUCCCUGGCCGAUCAAGGAGAAAAUUGAGUUUUCUAAUUUGCAAACCGUCCCCAUGGAACUUCUCGUGCAAAACCGCCACUCCAGUCUUCGACCCGUCGUUGUGCGAUAAGCGACAUGGUACUACGAGCGGUGCCAACGAAGCCAGCACCAAGAGAUUGUACAACAGCGUCGAUGAAAACCGGAUACCACUUCCCAAAGUUUUCCUCCGUCUUGAACUCCUCAUGGUCAAUCCACUGCCAUCCCAUCUCACGCACACCAGCCCACCAUUCCGGAUCACGCUCAUCGCUAGUCACAAGCACCUUCUCCACCUCAAUUCCCUUCUUCUCUCUCAACUCCGCGCGCACUUCCUCAACACGGUCAUUAAUCGCACUAAGCGGUGCAAAACACCCAUCCUUAUUCUCCUCAUCUUGGCAAUACCGGCCAAAAUCACCGUGUCUCACAUGCAUCGAAAUGAAAGGCGGUAUCUCUUCAUCAGGUCCCGUGCCGAAUGUUUGACGGAUCAUAUCUAAUGUGACCCUCUCCAAGCGCGGAUUCCAGUGCGCGUGUGUGCCGACGAAUCGCCACGCAGGGCUCCAAUCGUAAUUGAAUUCGAACGGAGCUUCAGAGGAGACGUAAUACGGGAAAUCGAAACAUGCGAAUUGUUCAUCUGGCAGGGCGGUGUGUCCGCUGCCCGGCGCGGGGAAGGGAGCGGAGGCAGGUAAUCGUGCGCGUUCCCUGCCGUCCGGGAAGGUGAGCGUAGCAAGGGAGAAGAAGCGGCUGUGUGGGUCGUUUUGGUAUUGAGGUCGGGGGAGUAGAAUGGCGCUGCUAGGAAUGGGUGUGUAGGAAACGUCCAGUUUGAGAUUCCGCUCGAGCACGUUGUAUCGCGGCUUCUUCUCUGCAUCCGUCGAGGCAGUUGCCCAGAUACUCCAGCACCCUAGUUCGUCAAGAUUCUCUGACCCCGGGAUCUUAAUAUCAGACCACUCGAUGAUGGGAACAGAGCUGGCGGCGGAGAGACGCGGCAGGUCUAACACCUCGCUAACGUUUACAAAACCGGCGGAGGAACCGAGAUGUGAAGGCACGAAGGGAGGGAGGACGACGGUGCGAUUGGUCAGGACACCCAUGUAGAUGAGGUUGAAAUAGGUCAUGACGUCGUUUGCUACAGACGGAUGAGUACAAGGAUACAAGACGGACAAAGAAAGGCGUACUCCAACCAGCGUUGAUCCAGGAUGUGAUGUAUUUGGUGUCAUCACGAAGGUUGUCUAGGAGGAGGAUGGAAACGCGGUGUUAGCACGCAUACAGACGAUGGACGGCGGGCUGCUCACCUCUGAAGCUAUGCGUUGGGGCACCUCGCACCUGCGGAGGAUACACGGGGAGAUAGUCUACAGCGUCGUGUUCGGGAAACACUUCAGGUCUCGGCACGAUGGAACUAUCACUCUUGGAUACAUGGAGAACAGAGAAUAUUGCGAAUACAAGGAGAAAUACAAGGAUGGCGGCAAUGGCGAGCACGCGUGGUCGGCGUGCUAGGUUGCGAAAUGGAGAGGACGAAUGUCGUGCGUUGUGAGAAUACUUUUCGACAUAAGGGGGAGAAGGACUUCGUCGGCCGGGACGGCUGGAGUAUAUCUCGAGGUCGUCUGAGUCCAUUGCCUCGUGGUCUGAGGCGGGAUGUCGCUGGCUCUCGAGACUGUCUGUGCGUGGCGAUGAUGAACGCGUAAGGAAGGGCGCAGAGCUUGUGGGAGAGGAGGGAGAGUAAGCCAUCGGUGGUAGGGAGGGCGACGACCCGAGGGUGACCGUGCAGGCGAGGUGAGCGGGUCAGUUUAGUCCUUGGUGUUCUGAAUGGCACCGUGCAUGGGCAGAUUAUAGGCGAUCCGUAUAUGGAAGUAGCACAACACAUCUCUUCCUUCCUUCCUUUCUUUGAUUUCUUUUCGGCUUGUUUCUUCCGACUCUCUCUUCCCCUUGCGGCUCGGCCCGUCCCGGCUGUCUUGCACCGCAUCAACCUUGUUUCAGCAUCCCGAUACCGACACGCGCUAUAUACAACCUCAUCCGUCUGCACCUAUGCCUGCAGGGUCUCCUCUCCUUCCGCCUCUCUUUGCUUCCUCCUUCCAACCCCCGAUACGACAGCCAUGGCAGCUCCCAACCAGCAGCAACAGCAAUCGUCGCCUGUCCAGGUAGCGGGCGUCGUCUCAUUCUACAUGGGCGCCGCGCUUGUCAUGGUCUUCGUUAACAAGGCGGUCCUCAAUAGCUCACCCGAGCUACCGCUGCUCUUCCUCUUCAUCCAGCUGCUCAUUGCUGUAGUCCUACUGCAUGUCUCCGCCACCCUCUCACACAAAGUCGAGAUCCCGCGACUGGAGCUCGAGACAGCGAAGAAACUGACGCCAGUCGUCCUCGUCAACAUCAUUGGUCUCAUAUUCAACACACUCUGCCUGCGCGAUGUUGAAGCCAGCUUCUUCCAGAUUGCUCGCGGAAUGCAACUGCCCCUCACGAUUCUCGUUUCCUCUAUCAGCACACGCUCGCAGCCUACAACACGCGUCCUCGGUGCAGCUGGCAUUGUCACCAUUGGUUUCCUCCUUGGUGUCUCACCCGCAUCCCUCUCAUCGCUAUCCUUCUCGCUAACUCCUGCUGUGCCCACUGUCGCAAACCCUGCUCUGCGAGGCAAUCCACAUGCUGCACCAGGCAUUGUCUCACUCAUCUACGGUGUCCUCAGCGCCCUCUUCAUCGCAUUCCAUAGCGUGCUCAUCAAGUCUUCCUUACCUCACUGUGGCGGAUCAACGAUCCAACUCGCAUACUGGACUAACCUCGGCUCUGCACUCUUCCUUGUUCCCUUCGUACUUCUCAAGGGUGAAAUCUUCAAAGUAAUCGACCUCGCAAUGGGUGGAGCCUCAAGUACUGGUGGAGAAUGGAACAUGAGCGUGUUCGUAUGGGGUACGCUCGUCACUGGCAUCUUUGGCUUCUUGCUCUGCGUUGCCGGAUUGUUGAGCAUCAAGGUCACGAGCCCCAUUACACACAUGUUUUCCAGCGCCGCGCGAUCCGUAUUACAGACACUCCUCGGUGUUUGGUUGUUUGGUGAUUUACUUAACGUAAACCGAGCAUUAUCAAUCAUCGUCAUCCUCCUCGGAACGAUGUUCUACACUUGGGCCAAACACUUCGAAGGCCUCCAACGUUCUCCUUCCUCAGGACCAUCUGGCAACGAAGCUAUAGGUAUGAAAGCCCGGGAUCUUGAGAACCAAAAGUGGAAUCGAGCAGGAGGGAGACUGGAGACUGUUGCAGAGGAUGAGAGUGAGAGUGAUGAGGAUGUGUUGUUUGAUGUUGAGAAGCAUGGGAGUCGAAGGGACUAGGGAUCGAGAGAUUGAGGAACUAGAAAUGACUGUUUAUUCUUGUCUCUUGAAUGACGUUACGAAAAGAACUUAGUUUAGCUACUUAGCAAUGCACCGAACUCCUCCAUGUACUCUUGAUUCUUGACAAGGACUCUCUCUCGCUCUCAUUUUGUCGUCUUCACUCGUUAUUUAUUCGUCCUUCGGUCUACAAGAUAUCUUACUUCUUGUUUGUUUUUGUUUUUACCCUGUUCUUUGUUGUUACACUCUCAGUUGAUUAAAUUGUUGUCUAUGCAUACAGUAAAAUAGAUUGUGUUUCGUGUAUUCCCU